CGCGAAAGGUCAAGAUCAUCGACUGAACAGGAAGUGAUGGACAAGACGUAAUUGACAGAUGAUGUAGUAAUGUAAACAUCAUCUCUCCGUGGUGUCAGCUGCUGAGAUCACCAUAACAUUUCAGUGUUUGUUCACAGAAUUUACUUUAUCUGGAUAUAGGACAGAGGAACACUGACGUAACAGUUCCAAUAUGUGGUACCUGGUGGCUGCAGAUAACCCAGAUCUGAAGUAUGUGUUGCUGGUUGGCAGAGAGUACUCCGUAGGACGUAAAGACUGUGAUAUUCUCCUGACAACUGAUCCCACAGUCAGCAGAAAACAUUCUGUACUGCAACUGACUCAUGCAGAAUCUAACCUGAGUCAUCCCCAGAAGUCUGCGCUGGUCACCCUGAAGGACAUGUCCAAGUUCGGGACUUGGGUGAACAAGAAGCGCGUGUCAGGAGAAACGCUUAUCAAAGAUGGAGAUGAGGUGGCAUUUGGCUCUCCCAAGUCGGUCUUCCUUGUUGUGAACGAGCCCUUCAUCAUUACAACCUCCUGCUUGGAUGUACCAUCAAAGAAAUCUGCGAAAGCAGUAGUACGAACGUUUGGUGGCCAUGUUGUGAGCGAGUGGACAAAGAACUGUUCUCUUCUAGUGAUGAACAGCAUCAGCGUCACCAUAAAGGUGAUUUGUGCCAUGAUUACCCAGAGGUCCAUAGUGCUUCCGUUGUAUCUGGAAAAGCUUCUGAAUCACCUGAAAGGAGAAGGGGAGAAGCCUGACCCAGAUGUAUAUCUACCCACUGUGUCUGAGACCCAAGUCAACCCAGAGGAAGUGUCUUUUAAACCCAACCCAAACAGGGCCUCAGUAUUUAAAGGGAUGAAGUUCAUAUUUCUAAGUCAAAGACAGUUCAAGAAGAUGAACCUGGCAGUGGAGUUGGCGGGGGGAAUGCCGAUACUGAUGGAGGAGGGAAGUGACGACAAUGACGACCGAGUCCUGGUAGAGACUGGAACCGUCGUCAUGAACUGUGGCACUGAAGAUCUAAAGACUCUAACACCAGCUGGGCAGGAGUGGGUCGCGCACGUCAACAAGUACCUGAAACGGAAGAAGAAGAAUGUGAUCCAGGACGCGGAGGUUGGGUACGCUGUGCUGUACUGCUCCACAGACAAGCACUGUAACCCUGAUAUAGACAAAGCCCAGCAGCUGUUUCAGAACGUUCCGUCCCAGUCUCUGUCUCAGUCGGUAGCGGAACACAUGAUGCCAGAUGUCCUUGUGGCCAACACAGAGACCUCUCCAGGGAGGAGACGAGGUAAGGAUAGAGAAUUUACAGGUGACAAGUCUGUGGUUGAUGAGAGCAUCCUACAUGAACAGGCUGUGAAGAUGAAGCAGGAGGUAGUCGGGCAGCGAACAGCGGCCACACCCACCAAGAGGAAGAGGACAGGAGAAGUGAGGGAGGAUGAAACAACACAAGCACAAGAAUCGAAGAGAAUCAAACAGGAAGUGGUGACACCUGCGAAGUCAGAGACACAAAGAAGGUCAAGGUCAGAAGUGUCUCCAGACCGAGAUGUCAAGGCAGCCAGACAACCAAAACAGGGCAUCUCUCCAGAACAGGAAUCGGUCGCCAAGAGCAGAGGAAGAAGAAGCCCGUCACCAGCUGCUGUGAAGAAUCCGCCAUCAAGAAGCCGUUUCCAUCACCAUCUCCGAAGUCGUAGAUCAGCGAGAGGGAAGAACGUAUCCCCAGCUAAGGAGGUGGUAGUGAAGGAAGAGAAUACGUUGCCAUCAAAUUCGGGUACAGGUUCUAGUAGAGGAAGAGGAAAAAAGUCUGUGUCUCCCCAACCAACAAAAUCCCAGAGAGUUAAAGAUGAACUGUUUGAAGAACUUGAUGAUGAUUUUGACAUCAGUGUAAAAACACCUGCAUGGAUUUCAGGGAGAAAAUCGCAACCUUCUCAUGUUUUGAGCGAUGAAGACGUUGAGGAGGUUCAAUCAGUUUCAAGUAAGACAUUCAAAAAGAUUAAGAAAGAAAAUGAAACUGAAGAGUCAAAAGACUUACCAAAAACCUCUCCAUCUUCUAAAACUAACAAGCGUGUCCUGCUUGAUGACAGUGAUGAAGAUGAACUUGGUCUGUGGCAGGGAAGGCAGCGGGGUCAGAAGCAGACGUCAAAUGAUGACUCUGAUGGCUUUUCGGAUAUUUCGUCUUCCAAACACAAGAAACACAAAUCAGAUACUAGUGGAACAAGAGGGAGUAAUGAAGAGGAUAAUUUGUUUGAUGAUAUUCCAUCAACAAGAACAAAUACAGUCCGGUCAGGAACAGACAGAAAAGAGAGGGUGGCUGGACAAUCAGGGAAGGGGGCAAGACAGAAGUCCCCCUCCCCGACUCCCUCCAGUCGCACCAAAAGGGAAAAGAAAGAUGACAUCGAGGAGGAGAUUUUGACUGAGCCAACCCAGGUCAAUUUUGAGUCCAGACGACAGAACAGAAAUGUCACAUCCAGAGUGGAUGUUGUGGAAGUACCAGAGGAAGAGCCAGACACAAUUGUAGAGACAAGGGACAGUAGCAGGAAGGAUCACCAUGACAACAGGACAGUACCUAGAGGGUUCCUAACAACCAGGCUGCCCAUCAAGGAGCAGACGGUGAAGAGACAAGACUUCAUCAAAGAGGAAAAUAUUCCCACUGCUGUCAUGGUCACAGAAUUUGCUAGUUUGGUUGCCAGGCAACCUAAACCUCCAGUCAAAAGGUCAGGGAGAAAGGAUAUACCUGAUGGUUACACAGAAUGGAAUGGCAAACUUGUGAAGAACUUCAAAAGGUUUAGGAAGUCCAGUCAUGCAGGAGCCAACUUUCUACCUCGCAUCAUCGGUGGCAGCGACCUGGUGGAACACGCUGGAAGUCAGCGCCGAGAGUUGGACGACUGGUUUAGAGAUGCACUACAGGCCGAGAGUCAGGAGAAUGAACGAGAGCGAGAAGCUCAAGACCUCUUUAACUGGGAGCCCACAAGUCGCAACAAGAGGUCACGAUAACGGAGAAAAAACAGAAAUAUGUUGUUAAUUGUAAUGUUAUAUACAUGUAGAUAUUCAAUAAAAUGUGCUCUCAUCACUCUUA